GGUGAAGAAGUGAAGGCGCUCCCCGUGUCUCUUCUCCCUCGUGGGGACUAACAGACGGCACGAUGGCGAUCCGGCCGCUAAAGAAACCCAAGAUUGUGAAGAAGCGGAUUAAGAAGUUUAUACGCCACCAGAGUGACCGCUAUGUUAAGAUAAGGCCCAACUGGAGGAAGCCCAAGGGUAUUGACAACCGUGUGAGGCGUCGCUUCAAGGGCCAGUACCUGAUGCCCAAUGUCGGGUACGGCUCAGCCCGCGCCACCAAGCACAUGCUGCCCAACGGUUUCCGCAAGGUGCUCAUCCACAACGUGCGGGAAUUGGAAGUUCUGAUGAUGCAAAACCGGACAUUCUGUGGCGAGAUCGCGCACGGCGUCUCGUCCCGCAAGCGGAAGGAGAUCGUGGAGCGCGCCAACCAGCUGUCCAUCCGCCUCACCAACGGAGCGGCCAGACUACGCACGGAGGAGUCCACUUAGAGCCGGAGCGGACUUUAACGGAAGAAAAAAAAAUCAGUGGAUGGGUUACAAAGUGUCGGUCGUUAGGAGGAUUUUAAUAAAGAAACGAUUCCACUG